GAAGAGUCUCGGCCAGCCUCGCCUUCAAAAAAAGCCGAUGCUGCACCAGCCUGCUCAGAUGUGGAGACGGCGAGGGAGAUGCGCGAGUGGUCACCCUGCAAGUGGCCACCUUCCGCCCGUUGGCCAUCAACUCAGCUGCCCCACAACGUGAACACCUGGCCAGUUUCUGGAGAUGAGAAGCCACGAGGACUGGAUACCUGGACCCACCUCCUCUUCAGCACGGGCUUGCGAUGCUCGCCAUCCGAAGUCCCGUACAAGUGCCCCAGGUGCUCCACCAUCAACACGGCAGAUUCUGCAUUUUGUCGAAAGUGCGGGACGCGGCGGCAGACUGACUGGCACGUGAAGGACCGGCCAAAUUCACCAACCAGAUUGGGCGCUCAAAUGCCUUCACGUGUGCGUUCUCAGAGCGCUCGAGCACGGCCAAAUGGCAGUGUGCCCAGCACGCGUCCUGGCUCGCGAAGUGCCUCUCCGCGUGCUUGUGUUGGACGUGAGGCUGUGCGCGUCACGAGGAGCACGUCCCCGCGCCAGGGUUCUCAGAGAAUGGCGCAGCCAACGAGGUCGCACAGCGCAAGGCAAGUCCAGGUGCCAAGACCGAGGCAGGUCUGUGCAGGUCCUCGGAGGAGUCCUCCCCGGCAUCCUUCUGCGCGGUCGGAGCCUACGCUCACGCGCAGACCUCCUCAAGUGGCCCAGCACUUGGUUCACAGGGCCAGGGCUGAGCCUCAUGUACUUCGCCGCCAGAAACUGACACCAGCAGACCUUGUGCGACUCCAGCGAGAACUCGAAUCUCAAAUGGACAUGGUGAGCAAGGCGCUAGAUGAUGCCAGUGGGCCACGACUGCGCCGGCCACAGCGUCCUCAGCCUAAGCCGAGCGGACGUCAGCUGAAGGAACAGGCAGCAGGGACGCCGCAUUUCCGCUUCUCAUGA